AUGGCGGAGCCGGCCCUCCUCGCGCUGGACCCCUUCGCGGACCUCCCCUUCCCCGAAUUUCAGGCGCCCGUCGACGGCGAAAGCUUCGCGUUCGAGGACUUCGAUCUGGAGGAUCUGGACCUGGACGUCGACUUCGACCUCGACCUCUUCGCGUCGGACGGGCAACUCUCCCAGCCGCCGCCGCUCGCGACCUCGUCCUCCUCGGCUGGGUCUCCGGAGCGGGGGUCAUCCUCUUCCGGCGCCGGCAGGGACGGCGGCGGGCUGAGGAACGAGGAGUCCUCGGAGUCGUCUUCGAGGAGCGCGAGCGGCACUGAUGGCAUCGGCAAGGGGAAGGGGGAGGAGGACGAAGCGAAGCGCCGCGCGCGGCUGGUACGCAACCGCGAGAGUGCGCACCUGUCGCGGCAGAGGAAGAAGCAGUACGUGGAGGAGCUGGAGGGUAAGGUGAAGGCCAUGCAGGCCACCAUCGCUGACCUCUCCGUCAGGAUCUCCUGCGUCACUGCCGAGAACGCCGCUCUCAAGCAGCAGCUGGGUGGCGCUGCUGGAGCCGCGCCCCCGCUGCCGAUGCCGAUGUACCCCGCGAUGUAUCCUUUGCCGAUGCCGUGGAUGCACCCGGCGUAUCCCAUGCGUGGAUCACAGGUACCGCUGGUGCCAAUUCCUCGUCUGAAACCCCAGCAGCCUGCACCUGCUGUAGCAGAGCCACCGGCCAAGAAGGCUAGGAAGACCAAGAAGGUUGCAAGUAUUAGCUUCCUGGGGUUGCUUUGCCUUGUGAUGCUUUGUGGGUGUUUGAUUCCUGCAGUAAAUCGGAUGUAUGACUCUGUUGAUGCUGGAGAAGGUGCUGCAUUCCGUCCACCUCAUCAUGGGAGGGUGCUGGCUGUUGAGGGGCCUCAUGAUAAUGUCUCGGAUGGUAUCGAUCCAAAGCCGCCACAGAGUGCCAGUGAGACGCUUCCAGCGCUGUUGUAUCUACCGAAGAAUGGGAAACAUGUCAAGAUUAAUGGGAAUCUUGUUAUUAAGUCGAUUGUUGCUAGUGAGAAAGCUUCAUUGCGGUUGUCUGGCUAUGAUGGGAAGAGUCCUCAAAACCAAAAGAAGGAAGAGACUAGCUUGGCAAUUCCUGGCUAUGUGACUCCAUUGGAAGCAGGAGAGGUUAUGGAAUCAACCAAAGGAAUGAUGAAACAUGAACUGAUGGCUUUGGCUCCUGCAGAUGGAAACGUGUAUAGGGAGGAGGAUGGAUUGCUGCCACAGUGGUUUAGUGAAGCAAUGUCUGGCCCCUUGCUGAGCUCAGGAAUGUGCACUGAAGUUUUCCAGUUUGAUGCAUCUCCAUCAUCUGCUCAUUCAAAUGGCAUCAUUCCUGUCUACUCCAAUGCCAUGUCAAACUCGUCACAGAAUUUUACUCAAAAUCUUCCCUCUGCUCAUCCUCACACGGUGAAGAACAGAAGGAUUUCAUACUCUGAGGCCAUUCCUUUAAGAGGUUCAACAUCCAACGACACCGAGCACCUCAAAACACCACCGAAGAAUGAGAGCUUUGGCAGUACGAAGCCUGUUUCAUCGGUGGUCGUCUCAGUGCUGGCUGAUCCCAGAGAGGCUGGCGACGGGGAUGGUGAGGGAAGGAUCUCUUCAAAAUCGUUGUCCCGGAUCUUCGUUGUCGUUCUUAUAGAUAGUGUUAAGUAUGUUACUUACUCUUGUGUCCUGCCGUUCAAAAGCCAUAGCCCUCACCUUUAG